AUGGGCAUCAGGGAGGAACUGCAGAGCCGUCGUUUCUGGUGCUGCCUGUUGGCAGAAGCAGCUGGCACUCUAAUCUUUGUCUGGGUCGUGCUGGGUGCCUCAUCCCCUGUUGGUCCUAAAGAAGUGCUCCCUUCCCCACUCCAGCCAGCCCUUGCUGCGGGGCUGGUUGCGAUCAGCUUGGCCCACUGCUUUGGUGAGAUCAGCGGUGCCCAAGUCAACCCAGCACUCACCAUGGCCUUCCUCUGCACCCGUAAACUGGAUGCUUUGCAUGCUGCUGGCUAUAUCCUGGCCCAGUGUCUGGGCGCCAUCGUAGCGUCAGGGGUCUUCUACCUUGUCUUGCCCACCUCAGCCAUUGGACAAUUGGCCACAAAGGUCAGCAGUGAGGGGAAUGCCGGACAGGCCCUAGGGAUGGAGGCCUUUUCCACUUUCCAGCUGGCUCUCACCAUCUUUGCUGUGGAAGAUCAUCGGAAGCAUGAGUUGGGUGAGCCUGGGAUCUUGGCCAUUGGCUUCUCAGUAAUAGCAGGAGCGCUCACUGCGGGCACGUUCUCUGGAGGCAGUAUGAACCCAGCACGAUCCCUGGGACCAGCAGUGGUAACAGGAAUCUGGGAGCAUCACUGGGUGUACUGGCUUGGCCCCAUCCUGGGCGCAGUCCUUGCUGGGGUAUCCUACGAGUUCUUCUUCGCUAACAGCGCUUCCCGGGAGAAGCUAGUUGCCUGCCUGACCUGCCGUGACAUUGAGAUGGUGGAGGCGGCCAGCGUGUCUCGUUCCUCGCUCUCUGCUCCUGCCCAUGCCAAACCGGCUUGCAAGGGGGAGCACGGCACCGAAUAG